CGGAAAGAUAGUUAGUAAAGUGCUGACAAGCAAUCGAGAAAGAUCGUUUCUCUUCAUCAUCAUCAUAAUCAUCGAUUUGCUCUGGUUAAGGCAUUGGUUUGAUUGAGAGGUUUCGUUUGCGCAUCUGAUUUCAUUGGAUUCAGUGACAAGUGACAAGUUUAGAUAAAUGCAAAGAGACUUGAAAUUCUUCUGAAUAAUAUUCAAAGUGUGAAGUGAUUUGGUUUUUGUGAUUGAGAAAAUAUUUUUGAAUGGCGGUGUCCUCGCUAAAUAUGACUCCUUAUCUGUCUGGAUAUCCUUUUCAAGGACAAGGCCGUGUGAAUCAACUAGGCGGCGUCUUCAUCAACGGUCGACCACUACCAAACCACAUCCGACUACAAAUUGUCGAAAUGGCGGGAGCAGGAGUUCGUCCUUGUGUGAUUUCCCGUCGCCUGAGAGUCUCCCAUGGAUGUGUAUCAAAGAUUCUCAACCGUUACCAAGAAACAGGAUCCAUUCGGCCAGGAGUAAUUGGAGGAUCCAAACCACGUGUUGCUACUCCAGAAAUCGAAACAAGAAUCGAAGAGCUGAAACAACAGAAUCCUGGAAUAUUCAGUUGGGAAAUUCGCGCGAAAUUGAUUGAAGAAGGUAUUUGCGAUAAAAAUACGGCACCUUCGGUCAGCUCAAUAACACGCCUGUUACGAGGUGGUAAGCGUGAUGAUAUUGGAACCGGAGGAAAUCACUCAAUCGAUGGAAUACUCGGCUCUUCGUGUGAAGAUAGCGAUAUUGAAUCCGAACCUGGUAUUCAACUUAAACGGAAACAACGUCGAUGCAGGACUACAUUUUCUGGCGAACAACUAGAGGAACUAGAGAGGGCCUUUAGUAGAACGCAAUACCCAGACGUAUAUACUCGAGAGGAACUCGCUCAAAAAACUAAGUUGACUGAAGCACGUGUUCAGGUUUGGUUUUCAAACCGUCGUGCCCGCAUGCGUAAGCAACUGACCUCUCAGCAGCUGUCAGCUUUCAAUAGCACUUUACCAGGAUUCGCAGCUUCUCAAUAUCCACAACAUAAUAAUCCAUCUGAUAUGGGAGCAGCAGCUUCCUUUGCGUCUUCAAUGCAACCGUGGCAACCAUCAUACAACAACGCUCAUAAUUCUGCAGGAUAUAACAAUCAUUUGAACAACUCCUCAAUGCUAGGAAGUACUGCAUCCUUAUCACCUCCUUCAAGUACAAUGAGUUCUAUGUCUUUGAGUCCACCCCAUGGGCAAACGCCACCACUUAUGACAUCUUCACCUACAUCAGCCCCGGCAACUUACAAUUAUACAACGAUUACGGAAACGGCUGCGCAUCAAGGCUACGGAAGUUCUCCGUAUGGAGUAUCAGGAGCCACAUCAACUACAUCAGCCGGUGAUUUUGGAGCACAGUACCGAUCUCAUAUGCAUCAUCAGUCGAAAUUUACUACCCCUGAAUGGGAUAAUUUCAGUGCAUUCUUUUCGAGCAGUCACAUGAACCCCUACGGAAGCCACCAUGGUACCGUAAGUGAAGCGAAAUCAGGAUACCCUUAUUUUGGACAGCUUAGUGGAUUGGAAAUGAGCAGAGUUCACUAACGUCAACAUCGGAAAUAGGAAAUAAGACUGAAUAGAUUUAGUUUAAUAAUCAAAAAUUGGAUCAGAGAUAAGAUAUUCAAAAAUAUCUAAAUUGAGGCUUUGAAGCUUUAUAUCUUUGUGCGACGUGGACUACGUCAUUAUUCUUAAGAAUCAAGUUUGCUUAUG